GCGCCUCCAAAGUUCGUUUGUGUCUCGUGUAGCGCGGUUCGUGAAGCAAUCCGGUCGCGACUCUCUCUGCUGCCGCAUCUGUGGGAAGUUUUAAGCGUGUUUCUGGCGAUUGUGAUCCGGCAGAUAAGCCUUGACUGAACUGGGCCUAAGCUUGGCUCUCCAAACCCGCUGUAAUUCCUGCCAUUCAUCCCGGUUUCGGCCGAUCUAUCGCCAUCUAGUGCCAAAAAAUAGGGGAAAAACUGCCGAGUGAACCCCCGAGUGAAUCUGGCAACAGAGUCAACAAAAAGUACGCUUCAUUUGCUAAAUAAACGGAACCAGCUACAUUCUCUAGCCCAAUAUUGCCGCGUGUGCCGUGCAGGACCCCCUCCCCGCCCCCCGUGUGUGACUGUGUAACAAAUCUCAUCUAUUGGCAGCCAGACACUGAUUUGAAUAUUCAGACCUCUGUCCCCCCACUGCACCCAGACCCCGAUACUCCCGGUGUUUGUGUGGUCCGUGGGCCCUGGCCCGUGAUUUAUAGAGGCUCUGCUCGGCAGCAGCCGUGAUUUAAAGUGACAAUUUUCAUAAUUUUCGAUUUACAUGCCGCCGAGCAUAAGACGGACAGAGCCCAUUUCUGAUUCAGAGUUCAACGAGUUGAAGGUUCAACAAACGCAAAGCGAGAGAGGGAGCGAGUAACCAGAGGAAAGAUGCUUUUGAAGUGGCUGCUGUUCAGCCUGUGCAUAAUGCCGGCCCUGUUCAGCAAUACGAGAAGGAAGUGCCCCGCCGAAUGCCAAUGCAGCAUGGAUGACUUGGAUCGUUAUCAGGCCAUCUGCACAAAAGGUGGCCUCAACUCCCUGCUGUCCGCCAGCGAGCUGGACAUCGACGUGAAGGUCAUCAUCAUACGCGGCCCCAGGAACUCCAUUACGAUUGGGCCAGCUCUGCGGCAGUUCAUGAAGCUGGAGAUCCUGCGCAUCACGGACUCCAACCUGCCCGCCAUCGGGGCCGAGUCCUUCUGGGGCCUCAAAUAUCUGCGGAUAUUAGAUCUGUCCAAGAACAAUAUUACCAACAUCACGGAAAACAACUUUCGGGGCCAGGAUAAUCUCAUCGAAUUGGAUUUAUCGAAGAAUAAAAUUUUACGCAUGGCCAGCUCAACGUUUCGUCAUUUGACGGAUCUGCGCCGUCUCAAUUUGGCCGAUAACUCAAUCGUGGAGCUCGUGCAGCGCAACUUCUUCAUGCUGAGCAGACUCAAGUAUCUGGACCUGAGCGGAAAUCCGCUCCAGGACUUACAGCCGGAUGUGUUCCGCGAUGUGUCGGACCUCAAAGUACUCAAAUGCCGAAAUUGUCAGCUAAAGAAAAUCAAUCCGCAGCUGUACAAUUUAUUGCCGCUUUUAAGCGAAUUGGAUUUGGGACGCAACGAGUUCAAGUUCCUCGAGAAGGACGAGUUCCGCGAUGUGAAGCGCCUCAACAAAGUCCUGCUGGACGGCAAUCAAUUGUCCGUGGUCGUCGACCAGCUCUUUCGCAUGCAGAAGAGUCUUAAUCACUUGGAUUUAUCGUACAAUCGGCUGGCCAAAGUGCCCAACGACUCGUUUCUGCAGCUGACCAACUUGACAUUCCUCGACUUGUCCUACAACAAGCUGGUGCGCCUCGAGCCGCAGUCCGUGCGGGGGCUGGGCAAUCUGCUGGCCCUGAAUAUCAGCGGCAAUGUGCUGAUGGAUCUCAUGGAAAUGCGCGACACCUUCGAGCUCAUUCCCCAGCUGACGCACUUGGCCAUUGCGGACAUGGGCCCCCUGCCUGUUGGCCUUCUCACGCCCUUCAAGCAGCUCCGCUAUCUGAAUAUCUCGGGCAAUUCGCUGGACAACAUGGCGCUGCAAGUCAUCGAUCCCUGUCGAGAGCUGGAGUUUUUGGAUUUAUCCCGAAAUCAAUUAUACGGCAUCAACGAGGACACGGCCCUGCGUAUCCAAGGCAUCCGCAACGUGCGGCUCGACAACAAUCCCCUGAUCUGCGACGAGUGCCACAUGGGGAAAUUAAUAAAUGUCGUGCGGCAACUGCAGUGGAAAUGGGACACAUAUCCAAUUUGCUUCCUGCCCAAAAGUUUGCGAGGCGCCGAAAUAAAUAACCUGGACAUUGGCGGGCUGCACACGUGCCUGGAUUACAUCAGCGACGAGGAGCAGAAUGCGGCCAGCACCUCGUAUAAUUUUCUUGAGCACGGCGGCCUCAAUACUCUGGCCAUUCUGGGCGGCAUCAUCUUUGUGCUAAUUGCCGUCAUUAUCCUGUCGCUGGUGGCCUGCUUCUCCAAGAACCGGGCCCGCUACUACACCAGGGAGGAUCACCUGAAUGGCAUAUACUCCGCAGGCGAGGGCAAGUGCCUGGAAAAGAAUUUGGAGGCGACCAAAAUUACAGCGCUGGGCAAUGGGAGUGGCAGCUCGCCCACAACAACAACCACACUGACCCUGGCCACAUCCCCGGCCACAGGAACAGCAGCAGGAGCAGCAGGAGCAGCAGCAGCAGGAGGAACCGUAUCUGGACCACUGGCAAAGGCCAACGGGCAUGGAGCGAGUCCCAGUCCGAGUCCUGGCAAUGGCAGCACGCCAGCCCAUGACCCCGCCCCCGCCCCCGCCCCCGCUCCGAGCACCGGCGAAGACAAGGGAAAGGAAAUCAGCUUCACUUUUCCCAUCGACGAUCGCGUCUGCACCAUCGACGAGCUGAUGCUGCCCCCGGCUCCGGCCCCGCCUCCGCCAGUCGUGUACCAGCAGCACCCCAGCAUGGGCAGCCUCAUGUACAGCGUCUCCCACUCGCCGGGCUCAGCCACCACCAUGGCCGCCGUGGCAGCUGCAGCGACUGUCAUUCCGCCGGGCGCCCCCUCCCCCAUGCCAAUGCCGAUGCCGAUGCCCCCGCCAGCCGAGGCUGUGGUUGUGGUCCUGCCUCCGCCGCACAACCACCCGAUGGAGGGGAGCCUGGCCGGCCUCCGCGAGGUGCAGCAGCAUCUGGUCCAUUUGAGCAGCACUCUGGAGCCGCUGGUCAGCGUUAACUGACCCAGGGGCUCCGUCUCGACCGCAGCAUCAGUGGCAUCAGUGGCCUCAUCCGCGGGCAGGUUUGCCAAGCAAACAGUAAGCACGACACCGACGUAAGCCGCACCCCCAGCGGGGGCCCGCAGGGCGUAUAAUUAAUGGCAGUGCGGAUGCACUGUUUCCGGGGUCAAAUCGAAGUGCGGUAAUUAGGAUUUGAGUUCGCUGUUAAGUGCAUUAAUCAUUCGGUGACCCCCCCGCCACCCCCGCCCCCCUCUGCGAUCACACUGCCAUUUUCACAAUUAAUAAAAACCCUAACGGGAGUUUCACUAAGAUACUUGUAAUUUAAUUUUAAAGAAAAAACACUUUUUAUAUGCUCGUGUGUAUAUAAAAUUGGUAGAAAUGUAAGAGAGACCCAGAGGAAACCCCGAUUAAAAAUUAAUUUCACACAUUUCAAAUGUGAUAAAAACCCCCGUAUAUUCUGUAAAUAAAUAUUAAGCAAGAUAGAACUCCAGAAAAAGUAAAGAAAGGAGAAAGGACACUUUGUAUAUUUGGCCAAUGCGAUUCAAAAUUGAGCAGCCGCUGUUUGAGAAUUUAAACAUGAAAAAUAAAAAUAAAAAUAAAAAUAAAAUAGCACGUAGUUAGUGGAUUAGACACACACUUACAUACAUAUACUAUAUAUAAAAGAUAGUGUCUAAGUACAGGCCCCCCUCCCCCCCUAAAAAGAAAGAUUUCCCCGUUUAAGCAGACCCAAGAACUUGGAAUUUUUCGAUAUAAUCCCAAGUCCGGAAACUGUAUCUAUCCGAAUCCGUAAUAAAGUGUGACUGUUUAUGAAACCCAA